AUGUUGCAGAUAAUCGAGGUGAUAUCUUCGGACGACUUGGUGGUGGUAGGCGAAGAAAGCGUACUCAGUGCCGUAACAAACUGGCUGAACUAUGAUCUCGAGGAGCGGCGUCCCCAGUUAUACGACGUCGUUCAGUUUGUUCGGCAACCACUGCUCAGUGUAACAUCGCAUCCCGACUACUUUCUGGCCCUGAUGAAUGCCAUCAAAGACAGUCCAGCCGGAGAGCAACUGCGUGAUGCGGCGUACUUGAACGCGAUCCCGAGCCGCCGACAGGACGCCACUGCCAGCCAGACACGCCCGAGAACAGGAUCAACGACAGUUAUUGUGUGCGUUGGAGGAUGCACCAACAAUCGAAGAAUAGUCAUUGCUACGGAAUGCUUUGACCCCGUUUGCCCAUCUUGGACAAGCUGGGAGAAAGCACCUUUUAGUGAUAAUGUAUGGGACGCUCGUCUUGCCAACCUGAAUGAUCAGUACAUGUUUGUCUGUGGAGGAAUGACGAUGCAUACUCAAGACAUGUUGGCAGAUGUUCAUCGCUACGACGUCGUUCGUAGUUUAAAAUGGGAAACAGUGGCACCUAUGCAACUAGCUCGUUGCGGGCACGGUGCGGCAGUGCUGAAUAAUCACAUCUAUGUAUUUGGAGGUAUUCGGUCUAACAGCUCGGGCAGUUCCGAUGCGACGAUUAAACGAUAUGACCCGCCAACAAAUACAUGGACAUAUGUUGAGCCUUUACCGGCGCCACUGGCCUUUUUCGCCAGCGUGGCUUACAAUGGGCACAUAUAUACGUUUGGUGGAAGUUCGUUGGAAGGCGUGGCGACAUAUUGGGCAUUCCGCUACAAUCCCGUAGCGAAGCAAUGGAGUAGACUGGCGAAUAUGUUGACUCCACGGCAAAAUUGUUCGGCAUGUGUCGGACCGAAUGAUCUGAUUUACGUUAUCGGUGGCGUGUCAACACAUGGGGAAAUUUUAGCCUGCGUUGAGACGUACGAUACACAUACUGACAAGUGGCUGACCAAACGCACCGCUUGCGUGGACGAUAAAAUCUAUGUCCUGGGAGGAGGCUUCGAUGAACUGGCUUGUUACACCAGUAUUGAAGUGUACGACGAAAACUCCGAUACAUGGACCACACAUCCCAGCCAGUUGCCCACUGCUCGCUCCCACUUUGGCUGCGUGACCUUACGUGUUGGUAAUCGUUAA